AUGCAGCUGCCAGUGCUGCCUGUAAGUGUCUCCCGGUUCGUAGUCAGACGAUUAACUUAUUUGACGGCAUAUCCACCAGAUAACCUCCGGUUCGUGUUCGAGCCAUCUGCUGUGGCCUAUCCAACGACACCCGAGGAUGUAUCUUCCAUUAUACAGGCAGGGAUUGACAACAAUCUCCAGGUAGUGGCUCGUGGUGGUGGGCACAGUUAUGUGGCCAACGGGUUAGGCGGCAAGAAUGGAUCUCUCGUUAUCGAUAUGAGUGGCAUGAAGAAUAUUACCAUUGAUCAUUCUUCGAAUACAGCCGUUAUUGGAACAGGAAAUAGACUAGGCGACGUGGCUCUGGCAUUGAAUGCUGCCGGACGCGCAAUGCCCCAUGGAACAUGUUCUUAUGUUGGGAUAGGCGGCCAUUCAGCAUUCGGCGGCUACGGAUUCACUUCCAGGCAGUGGGGUCUUGCUCUCGAUACUAUAUUUGCCAUAAAUGCUGUCCUAGCCAAUGGCACCAUAGUGAGAGCGACAGAAGACUCGUAUCCGGAUCUCCUCUGGGCCCUGAAAGGUGCUGCCCCUUCCUUUGCAAUUACUACAUCCAUAGAAAUCAACACAUAUGCUACACCAUCUUAUGCCAUCGUUAUGGAAUACACCUGGUCGAACAUGGAUUACGAAACAGCAGGACAGUCCAUGUAUUCGUUCCAGAACUUCUCUCUUUCUGGUCCAGCUUCCCCUUUCGCCGGAGAACUUGUCAUUUCAAGAGGGUCUGAGGAGGGCCAAGUCACAUUUGGUUUUACUGGCGCUUGGUAUGGCGAAGAGGGCUCUGCUAUCCCGACUAUCCAGCCAUGGCUAGAUACGAUGCCUACGCCCACUCAAUCUAGCUUAAUUGGAGACGGUUCCUAUAUUGACACAGUCUCCCAAUUAUCUGGCACGAGUUUAAAUACUUCCCAAGCAGCUGACUCCACCGAUACUUUCUAUGCGAAGUCUAUCAUGACUCCAGAGAACGAUCCUAUGAACUUGGAAUCUUGCACAGCAUUCAUGCAAUAUCUUGCAACCCAAGGAUUCCAUUCGAACACGAAUUGGUUUGUCGAAAUUGAGCUUUACGGUGGUCCCAACUCGAAAAUUCGCUCGAUCCCCAAUAAUGCUACCGCGUUUUCGGGUCGUGAUACACUGUUCACUUUCCAACUUUACGCAUCUUCAUCAAAUUCUUUGCCGCCUUAUCCCGAAGAAGGAUUCUCCUUUUUGGAUAACAUGGCGACGAGCAUCACUUCAAAUAUGCCCUCUACUUGGAGUUAUGGGGCGUACACAAACUAUAUCGACGAUCAGCUGGAAAAUUGGGAAACUCUUUAUUUCAACGAAAACUACCCUAAGCUUCAGUCCCUCAAAGACCAACUGGAUCCCCAGGGUCUAUUCAUGUUCCCGACUUCGAUUCAAGAGUAA